GCAACGUACGUUACGAUUCCCGUUGAUAAUUUGUUCUUUUUAUAUUAUUUUUCAUUAAUAAUUUUACGAAUUUAAUUUAAGUUUUCCAUUGCCGAAACUCACGGAGAUCGUUUCUAACAAAUUUUCAAAACCAAAAAUAUCGAUUCGAUUAUCAUUUUCCAAAAAAAAAAUAAUAAUGAGUAAUUUGCAGCAGCAGCAGCAGAGACCCAGGCGCCGUUGCGAAGGUACGGCCAUGGGCGCCAUCGUUCUUGAUCUCCGACCUGGCCUCGGAAUUGGGCCUUUCACCCUUGGUAUGCCAAUUUGUGAGGCUUUUGCUCAAAUUGAACAGCAGCCUAACAUUUAUGAUGUUGUCCACGUUAAGCAUUUUGAUGAGGAUCCACUGAAAUUAGAUAUUGUUAUUAGCUUUCCCGAUCAUGGUUUUCAUCUUCGUUUUGAUUCUUGGUCACAGAGGUUACGCCUUAUUGAAAUAUUUGAUGUAAAGCGUCUUCAAAUGCGCUAUGCCACUUCUCUAAUUGGGGGACCGUCGACUCUAGCUACUUUUGUAGCUGUAUAUGCACUUUUUGGGCCUACGUUUCCUGGAAUUUAUGACAAAGAUAGAGGAGUUUACCUUCUAUUCUAUCCAGGUCUAUCGUUUGCUUUUCCAAUUCCAAACCAGUAUACUGACUGCUGCCAUGAUGGGGAAGCUGAACUACCAUUAGAGUUUCCAGAUGGCACAACACCUGUUACAUGUCGCGUCUCUGUAUAUGAUAGUUCUACAGACAAAAAAGUUGGGGUUGGAUCUUUAAUGAAUAAGGCAUCUGCUCCUCCACUACCAGUGGGUAGCCUUUACAUGGAAGAGGUGCAAAUCAAGCUUGGGGAAGAAUUGUACUUCACUGUUGGUGGCCAGCAUAUUCCUUUCGGUGCAUCACCUCAGGAUGUAUGGACCGAAUUAGGUCGUCCUUGUGGAAUUCAUCAAAAGCAGGUUGAUCAAAUGGUCAUUCACUCUGCCUCAGAUCCUCGUCCACGUACAACUCUUUGUGGUGAUUAUUUCUACAAUUAUUUCACCAGAGGACUUGACAUCUUAUUCGAUGGGCAGACUCAUAAAAUCAAGAAGUUUGUUUUGCAUACAAACUAUCCUGGUCAUGCUGAUUUCAAUUCUUACAUAAAAUGCAAUUUUGUUAUUUUUGGUAAUAAUCUUGGGAGUUCAUAUCAGGAUACUAAACACAGGAUAAAUCCAAGCACAAAGUGGGAGCAAGUGAAGGAAAUCCUUGGGGACUGUGGCCGGGCUGCUAUCCAAACACAAGGCUCUACAAGCAAUCCUUUUGGAUCCACUUUUGUAUAUGGUUAUCAAAAUGUCGCAUUUGAGGUGAUGAAGAAUGGUUAUAUCGCAACCGUGACACUUUUUCAAUCAUUGUGACCGUAUUGUCUGGUACAUUGCAUCGUCUGUCUGGUGUCAUUAUCUUCUUUUCUUUUUCAUAAUAUUUUUUUUGUAUCAUGUUAUUGCUGCUCUGCUGUGACAUAAAAGAAUCAUUUGGUAAAAACUUGCAGAUUGUAUCAAAGCAGCAAAAAUCUACUUGUAGAAACUUAAAAACAUGGUGGUGGGGAAAGUAUGACAAAUGUACAGUUUAUGUGUUGACGUGUAUAGUUUGUUGUUUGAUUUUAUGGAUAUUGUAAUUAUGUAUUUUACAUUGUGAAUAUGUUUUUUAAUUUAAUAAAAAUUAUAAAAAACUUUAUUUUGUCC